AUGAACUUUUUCCAAAAUAAAGCAGUAGUAACAGCAGUAGUAACAGCAGCGGCGGCGGCGGCGGCGGCGACAGCCACAGCGGCGGCGCAAAACGAAUAAUACGGCUGCGCCCGUCGGAAUCGAUCGAUCCGCAAUAGAGUGGCUCUGACCCUUACGAUUAACGUAGAGCAGUGAACGCAACGGAGGCUCUAUGGACACAUCCUUCUCGUAAUAUGAGAUGUUGCGCUUUCCAUCGCGAUUUUUCUGACCGUGAGUCAAAAGAAGACGCGCGGAGUAUUAUAGAGAGUCAUGCGCGGUCCUCCACGAAGAUCAAUUAUCGUGUGGCUGACUCUAGCGUUCUUUUUACUUUUCGUUUGUCGAUUAUUGCUCGAUCGCGGCUAUCGUCUUCAUUUACUCUCAAUCGAGAACUCGAAAGAGCAAUCCUAUUCAUUGUCCGUUAGGAAAAAUCGGGCGCAAUCAUUGAAUUAUCGAGAAAAUGUUCAAGGCGGAACGUCCGCGUAUAUCGCUGGCGCAUACAUGGCCGAACGGUCAUCUGGAAAUGGAAAUUCUUGCAUCUGGUAUUAUGGCUUACCGCAUUCCCUCUCAUAUCCUUCCUCCAAGAUAAGCUGGACACCGGAGAUCGGCGAGAAGAGUCCUUAUAGAGUACUGCCCUAUGUUUUACGUGGCAGAGACGUCGACAGAGAGGAUGCACCGCCGAUAACUCUAUGCACUCACGCGACGGCCGACCAAGUUUACGGCAUCGUCGAACUCGCCCGCAGGUGGGAGGGACCAUUGAGCCUGGCCGUUUUCGCGCCCGGCCUCGACGCCGGCCUGGCCGUCGCUCUGCUCGAUCGUGCUUGUCGAUGUGAAACAGCCAUGUCCAAGGUAUCCGUCCAUUUAAUAUUUCCUGCGGGAAGAGUACCCUCGCUCGAUCGACCGUAUCAAGAGCAAGCCGAUUGUACAGCGUCGGAUUUACAAUGGCGAGAAACGGAGACCGAAAGAUGGAAGAGCGGCAUGACGUAUCCUAUUAAUGUUGCCAGAAACGUGGCUAGAACGUCGGCUAAUACCGCUCGCGUUCUCGUGUCCGACAUUGAACUGCUACCUAGCGAGAGAUUAGCCUCUGGCUUUUUAUCUAUGGUCCAUGGUAGACCGCCAAAACUUGGUGUCGUCUUUGUUCUACCAGUUUUCGAAAUCGAUGCGAAUGAGCAGCCCCCAUCGAAUAAAAGGGAACUCCUCUCUGCGGCUAAAGCUGGCUUGGCUGUUUACUUUCAUAGAUUCCUGUGCCCGCAUUGCCAAAGAUUUCCGGGCUUAACCAGAUGGAUGGUAAGGACAGAUCCAGGGAAGGUCAGGCCUCUCAUCAUAACACGUAGAGAAUAUCCGCAUCAUAGAUGGGAGCCCGUUUUCAUAGGCAUGCGAGAAGAUCCACUUUAUACGGAAAAUAUGUCUUGGGAAGGUAAACAGGACAAAAUGGCUCAGAUGUUCGAGAUGUGUCUCUUAAAUUAUCGUCUAGUCGUACUCGACGGUGCCUUUUUAGUACAUACACCUGGAAUUAAGCGCAAACCACAGAUUAUUAGUGCAGCGAGACAGGAAUUUUUGCGUCCUCAUGAAAAAAAAAAUGCAAAACUUUAUCAACGAGUCGUUAAGAGAUUGCUCGCGCAAUAUCCAACGAAUCGUAAAUGCACCCAGUGAUUGCAUCGAAAUAUUCAUUUUACAAAUGAAAUAUUUAACAAUGGAGAUAUAUUUUAACGUUUGCGAUACAUCGUCGAUCAUAACGUUAACAUCUAUCUUUAUAUAGCGCGCGUUGAAAAGUAUUUUAUCUUGGAUCAAUUAGAUAGGAAUAAUAUACGCAAUAAAUCAAUGAUAUCCUGAAAUAAUGAACAACUAUUAAGAAUAAAUUAACAAUAGUUGAUAAAUAAAACGUUAUGUGUAUCUGCAUCAUGAUAAGAUCAUAGCUUCUAUCCAAUAAAAUAUCCUUCGUAUCAUUCGAUUAUUGCUCUGUACAGGGAUAAAACGUAUUUGAAAAUGUAAGAAACAAACGUACCUAUACACGAUUAGUGGACGCGCGGUAUUUUUCUUUUCUUCCUUUUUUUCUUUCCUAUUUUUAUCUAGAAGAAGCAGAAACUUGUUGCGGGAAUUGGGAAACGAAAUGAAACAUCGGAUCACGCGUUAAUGUCCUUGCGUCGUAUACUUGGUCUUACGUAUGUCUAAUCCACAUUAAUUUCGCAAUCGACUCCUCUUCUAUUUCCAAUGGCGCGCUCAAUAAAAAUUUAUCUUUAUCCUAUUGGUUUAUAAUAUAAUAUAAAGGGGAAGUUAGACGGACCGUAAUUAACGAAGCGAGAACAUGUCUGAACACAUCCGGAAAAGUGUAUGUGCGAACGAAGACUAUUGCGUAACGUUUCAGUAAGAUGGAACAGGAAGGAAUCGUGUCAACGUUCUCGAUCGUCCUUUGAUCCUUUACAUUUGCUUUUUUAUAAUCAUAAUAUCAUAAAUUCUUCGAAUUAUAUAUAUAUAUAUAUAUACAUACACAUGUGUGUAUGUAUAAUCGACCCAUGCAUAAACGACCCACGAAUCGCGAUAGCUUUUUGGUUUUAUAAUUGCCCUUUCGAUAACUAUGGCCAUUAUCGACAAAAGUUUCCCUUUGUACUCCGACGAGGGCACAUUGAAACUCUCUCUUUCGUAAACUUAUAAAAAACUUAUAAAUAGUUAAAAAACUUUCGAUAGUUUUACAAUCGUCAAGUAUAUACGACGAAAUAAAAUAGAACACAAGUAAUUAACGAAGAAUUAUUAAUAUGGGCAUAGUAGUUAAAAGAUGAGAAAAGUAUCGACAUUUCAGCGAAGAUAAAGGUGGAAAAUUCGAGAAAUAAGUAUAUACGUCGUACUUUCAAAGGAGAAGCCAAAACGCCGAUAUUAUUAACGUGGAUAUCUUUUAAAUAAAACGGUGCAACGACUUGUAAACAUACAUGCGUGAACAUCGAUUGAUAUAAAGAUGUACGUUAAAAAAGAAUGUAUUAAUUAACGAGAGGAGAAAGGUCUGUUGCGACUGAUACAACGAAAUAAUUCCAAAUGGCGGGAUCAUCAAUAGCGGGAAGAUUAAAUGCGCUCAAGCGCCUUUGCAAAUCCCACCUCAUGAAGUAUGUAAUUUUUCAAUCUAUCAUACGAAAAUAUAGAAGCAUCAAAAGCUAUGAUAUGAAGAAUUUAAAAAUUAUCUAAACUACUAUACUAUGUUAGCUCAAACUAAGAAAUUUAAUCAAUUACAAAUUGGACAGCUAUGGAGAUAUAACUCAAAAAAUACCUAAUUAAUAAGAAGAAUCUUAUAUAAUUCAUACUUUCUAUAAUUUUAUAAUUAUUUAAAUAAUACGAUAUAAUGAAUAUAAGGGAUACAAUGGAUUAGUAUUUAAAUGAUAGUGCACUCGCAUUAAUAUUACAUUGCUCGUAACACGCAUAAAAUAUAAAAUAAUUUUAAAAUAAUAUUAAAUUCAUUUCAAUUAAUGAUCUCGGAGUUGUUGGCUACACGUGAUAUCGAUAAAAACUAACGAACUUUGACGAAUAUCGAAACAGUUUUCUUUUGCCUCCCGAAGGAUAAUCAUUGAAAUUUUCUCUUUCCCCCAGUUACAGUUAAACUUAAAUAAAUCAUUAUUUCGAUAAUUUUAGAAUUUUUUGAACAAUUUGAAACUAUAAUUAACAAGAAUUUAGACAUUACGUAGCUCGAAACAUAAAUAUUGUAAAAAGAAAUGUAAAUGAAUAUUUAAAUAGUGAUAAAUUUUCAAUAUAAUAUUAUAUGCUCUUCUUAUGACGCGUUCAAUUUGGAAUAGUUUUCUAUCAGCGUGCGUCGAUCGUUUAAUGUCAACAAGAAGGACCUUUGAAAGGACAAUGAGAGUUAUCACGUCGGUAUCUAUUCGUACGCCGAUGAGUAAACGUCAAAAUGCACUCUUUCCGUACCGCAACAUAUUAUUGUUUAAACAAUGUAUACAAUGCACUCGGUGAGAUAAUAAUUAAACAAUAUUACAUUUCUUAAAGCUUCGCAUAGUUCUUAAUACGCGUUAGACAAAAUAAUUUACUUUCAACUUUCGUCGAUCGAUGACAUCAACAAGAAGGACCAUUGGAAGGACAAUGCGAGUUAUCACGUCCUUUCGUACUCCGAGGAAUAAACGUUGAAAUGCACUCUCUCCGUACUGCUACAUUUAAUCAUCUUACAGAUAUGAUCAUUAUUUAAAUAAUGUACAAUGUACUAUUUACGCGAAAUGCGAUAAUGCAAAAUUUAAGCGAUAGUACAUUAUAGUUAAAAAUCGUCUAGCUCUUAAGACCCGUCCAUAAUGGAACAUAUAGAAUAGAAUGUAGUAAUAUUUAACAAUAGUUAAAAUUAGUUUAAAUAUUAAAAAGACGGGAACGAGCGAGAAACUUAUAAUAAUUUUAAUAUAAAAUUUCUCUACUUUAAUAAAUAAUAAUUUUAGUCUCAUUAUAAAAGCAAAAAUUUCUAAUAUUUUCAAUAAUUGUUCAAUUAUUUGAACAGUCUGCUAUGUACGCGGAAUAGAAUGGAAUUAAUAUUUAAACAAUAGUACAUUCGAUUAAACAUCGGAACAAGAUGGAAUUGCGCGAAAAAUUAAAAAUAAUUUUAAUUUAAAAUUACAAUACUUGAAAAUUUUGAUCUAUGGAUAGUUAGGCUUGUGUAAUAUAAAUAUAAACGUGCUUUUUCUUAACUUUGACGGCAUUACACGGUUAGUUUUCUGUCGCACUCCGACGUGUGCUCAUCACAAUCUCUCUAUCUAAACGGAAAGACUUAUCAAUUAAUACUUUCUAAAACUUUUCAAUUAUUUAAACAAUAUAUAUCGUAAGCGGAGUACAAUACAAUAACAUUUAAACAAUUCGUUUAUACAUUACAACGAUAAAAAAAAGGGCGAGAAAUUGCAAAUAAUUUUAAAACGUAUGCCAAUAAUUAAAAAUUUUAAUCUCGACGUUGAUGGCCUAGCGUAAUAUAAAAAUAAACGAGUUUUUCCUUAACUUUCCUGAUUCUCCAGUUAGUUUUCCUAUGCACUCCUACUUGUGCACAUAGGUAUUCUAUUCUUAUAAAUGCGAAAACAUAUAAAUUAAUAAUUUUGGUAAUUCUUUUUAUUAUUUAAACAACA